AUGGACAAUUCAAACAUUUUUAUAGAAUGUGGUAGUAGUCAAGGGGGAGAUGUAGAAGUUGAUCACGGUGAUUGUGGUGGUGGUGAUGAUGACUCACUUUGGGUUCCUGCAAUUGGGAUGUAUUUUUCUUGUCUAGAGGAAGUUAAAAAAUAUUAUCAAGAGUAUGUUUUAAAAAAGGGGUUUGGAUGGAGGAUUAGACCAUCGAAAAAAGGAGAUGACGGGGAGGUCAACUACCUAACACUUUCAUGUUCAAGAGAGGGGUCUAACAUAUCAAAAAUUUCAUGCACAUUAAAGACAUUAUCAUCUAGAGCAAAAAAUUAUCCUGCCAAGAUUUGUAUUAAAUUGAAACAAGAUGGUUUGUGGUACAUUACACAAUUUGAAUCUAACCAUUCUCGUGAGACUAGCCCUAUAAAAGCAAGAUUGUUCAAGGCUAACAAGAAAAUGAACUUACAUGUGAGGAGACCAAUCCAAAUCAAUGAUGAUGUGGGACUAAGCAUCAACAAGACUUUUCAAUCGCUUGUUAAAGAUGCAGGAGGACAUGAAAAUAUUCCCUUUUGUGAAAAAGAUGUGAGGAAUUAUAUUAACAAAGAGCGUCGUGCAAUUGGAAAAGAAGUUGAUGGUAAGGAUUUGAUUAGUUAUUUUUGUAAAAUGAGGGAACAAAAUAUAGAUUUCUUCUCUGACAUAGAUUUGGAUGAUGAUUUUCAUGUGAGGAAUGUAUUUUGGGCUGAUGCAAGAAGUAGAGCCGCUUACGAAUAUUUUGGAGAUGUUGUAACUUUUGACACAACAUACUUGACUAACAAGUAUGACAUGCCUUUUGCUGCAUUCGUGGGUGUGAAUCACCAUGGUCAAUCAACAUUACUUAGUUGUGGAUUACUAUCAGGUGAAGACACAAAUCCUUUUGUGUGGCUAUUUAAGUCAUGGCUUCGUUGUAUGCUAGAAAAAGCACAUUUGGAAAAGCUUAGUGGAUAUGGUGAAUACAAAAGGAUCAAGUAUGCAAUGAAAGAAGCAGUCUAUGAUACAUUUACAACAGCUAGUUUUGAACAAAAAUGGUGGGCACCAACUUUGUUAAGGAAACAUUUUUGGGAUGGUAUGUCAACUAUGCAGCGUAGUGAGAGCAUACACGCUUUCUUUGAUGGAUAUAUCAAUUCUACAACAAGUUCAAAUCAGUUCGAGAAACAAUAUGAGAAUGCUCUUAGAAGUUGGGCAGAAAAGGAAUUUGAAGUUGAUUUUAAUUCGAUGGAUACAACAAUUCCAUGUGGGUCAAACUCGUCCAUUGAGAAGCAAUUCCAAAGUGAGUUUACAAAUGCCAAAUUCAAGGAAAUUUCAAGUGGAAUUCAGAUCUAA